AUGGACGAGCUUUCCCAGGAGCAGAUCCAGGAGUUCCGGGAGGCCUUCAAGCUCUUCGACAAAGACGGCGAUGGGACGAUCACGACCAAGGAGCUGGGGACGGUGAUGCGGUCGCUGGGGCAGCACCCGACGGAGGAUGAGCUCAAGGACAUGGUGGAGGAGGUGGACGCCGACGGCAGCGGCACCAUCGACUUCAACGAGUUCCUGGGGCUGGUGGCGCGGCAGAUGCGCGGGGACGCCGAAGCCGAGGAGGAGCUCCACGAGGCCUUCCGCGUCUUCGACAAGGACAACAAUGGCUUCAUCUCCCUCGACGAGCUCCGCACCGUCAUGAAGAACCUCGGCGAGAAGCUCUCCGAGGACGAGCUCAACGAGAUGCUCCAGGAGGCCGACGCCGACGGCGACGGGCAGAUUAACUACAAGGAGUUCGCCAAGGUCAUGAUGGCAAAACGGCGAGCAAAUGCGGAGGAACAUGGAGCUGGCGAUCACGGUGGGUCGGAUCACUCACACGGCGAUGGGGGCGGUUGCCCAUGUACAAUUCUCUAA